AUGAGUUCAGUUUAAAUGGACUGGAAAUGUGUCACUCAUAAUGGAACUAUUGUGUGUGCCUUAUAUGUGCUACAGUCAAUUAUGAUUGCAUUUCAUAUCUUGGCUAGAAGACAACGCAUCCCAAACAUCGAAUGUUAGCCAUCCUACGAUAUCAGGAAGCUGUAUCAGAAGUUGAUGGAGGAGCAUGGCCCUGCCCUCUUUAGACUCCUCCCUCCAAGGGAUACCGAAGAAUGUGCUGGCUGUUUCCAUGGAAACUAAGUACCAAUGCCAGCAGUGUCACCAGGUCCUGAGGAAGCCGGUCCAGGCUCAGUGUGGACAUCGCUUCUGUGUCCACUGUUUCAAACUGCUCACCAGCUCUGGACCCAAGCCCUGUGAAGCCUGUCGACAGGAGGAGAUAUACGAGGAGCCCCAGUCCAUUCUCAAUAGCAAUGAGGCUUUUCCAGACAAUGCAGCCGGUAGAGAAAUCGCCAGCCUGCCUGCCAAAUGUUUCAAUGGGGGCUGCUCUUGGACAGGUUGCAUCAAAGAAUAUGAGGCACAACACGAGGGCAAGUGCGAGUAUGAGCACGUACCAUGUGAAGCCUGCCAGGUCCUCAUCCUGCGCAGUGAAAAAGAGAGGCAUAACGAGAGAGAAUGUGAAGAAAGAACAUUGAACUGCAAGUACUGCAAAGUCUCCUUCAACUUCAAGCAGAUCAAGGCUCAUGAUGAAAUCUGCCAGAAGUUUCCCAUGCAAUGCAAGGACUGUGGAAAGAAAAAGAUCCCACGGGAAAAGUUUCAAGAUCACAGCAGAUCCUGUGCCAAGUCUAAGACUGCAUGUCCAUUCAGUGAGGUUGGCUGCAAGGCUGUGAUUGAUAAUGGAAAGCACAGUGACCACGAGCAGACGAGCGUCAUGGAGCACAUGCGUCUGAUCCUGGCGACGUCUAUGGUGCGGCUGCAGCGUCCGGAGGCCCCGGGGCCGGGGGAGUGGCAGGAGGACUCUGGCCUUGGCCUGUACCGCGCUCCUGAGGAGGGAGCCACAGCUUCUGCAGCCACAGUUGGGGGCGGAACUGCUGCCUCUGGACAGACCAGUGGCCUUGACCAUAAGGUGACAGUGCUGGAGAAUAUAGUGUGUGUACUGAACAGAGAAGUGGAGAGGAGCUCUCUCACUUUAGAGGCCUUCUCACGACAACAUCGACUAGACCAGGACAAGAUUGAGAACCUCAGCAACAAGGUGCGUCAACUAGAGCGUACUCUCACCAUGCGGGAUCUACAGCUAGCCGAGACGGACCAGACUCUGAGGGAGCUCCAGUUCUGCACCUUUGACGGUGUGUUUGUUUGGAAGAUCGCUGACUUCUCACGCCGCCGGCAGGACGCUGUGGCCGGGCGAACACCCGCCAUGUUCUCACCAGCGUUCUAUUCCAGUAAAUAUGGCUAUAAGAUGUGUCUAAGACUGUAUCUGAAUGGGGACGGAACAGGUCGAGGGACACACCUUUCUCUUUUCUUUGUGGUGAUGAGGGGCAAGUGUGACGCUCUGCUCAAAUGGCCCUUCAGUCAGAAAGUGACUCUGAUGCUGCUGGAUCAGAAUAACAGGGAGCAUAUUAUUGACGCCUUCCGACCUGAUGUCAGCUCCACCUCUUUCCAGCGGCCAAUCAGUGAGAUGAACAUAGCCAGUGGCUGCCCACUCUUCUGCCCAUUAGCUAAACUGACAGGCAAGAGCUCCUACCUUAGGGAUGAUACCAUUUUCAUCAAGGCCAUUGUAGACCUCACAGGCUUGUAGAGGCUGUGGAAGCCCCCUACACAAAGGCACAAAACGCAGACUAAUAUAUAUAACUUCUGAAAUGACAUGAUAUAAGUAAUAUUAUUAUAAAAUGCAUAUAUUUAUUAUUAUAAGUAUAUCAUAGACACUGUUUAUUUUGCUGGCUGAAGGCACUGAAAUGAAAAUGAAUUCUGCUAGCAGAUCUUUUCAAUUGGUUUAAACAGAGAGAAAUAGGGUGAGUGAUAUGGCCAACCCAAGUGUUGGCUCUGACUACUAGAAGUGCAGUAUUAUGGAGAGGAUGCCGUGACUUUUUUUGAAUGCAAGGCAAUAGGAGCUUGUCAAAAUUGGUCAGAAAAUAGGCUUAUUGCACAUAAAUCACGUUAUGUAUUUCUAUCAUAUUUUCCAAUAUUUCUUAAUUUAGAGACACUGAUGUGAUCGUGCCUAAAUGACACUGUCAAGUUGUGAAAAACUAAUUUUACUUGAGGUAGCACCUGUUGUACACAUGGACAAGGAUGUGUUAGAGAUCCUGCCCAUUCAUCAUGUGAGCAGGCACAACUUUUUAAAUGGCAAAACCAACCGGUCGGUAAUUUAUAUUAAAGAAAUGUUCCACAAACUCCGCCUAGUGCUUUCUCAAAAAAGCUACAAGCCGGUCCCAAGCCCGGAUAAAGGAGGAUGGGUUAGGUUAUGCAUAAGACUAGCAGGCGCAAUCUGUAAAAAUAAAAUAAAAAAUGUGGGGGGGGGGGGCAACAGUACAAUUGUACUAGUUGAUCAUAGAUGGCAAAUGCUCCUUGAGGAGCAAUGGGCCUAACUAAGUAGCUAAGAGCAUUCCAAAAACAUAAGUACGCUUUCCCAUUUAAACAGUUGUGCACUCGCAUCCAGUAGCGGUGUGUGGGUAAAAUCACUGGGGAAGCCAAGCCAGGGGAGGAAAAGCCAUAUUACAACCUGUGUGUCGUGAUCAUUGCGUUGUUUGCUCUAUGAUC